GAUGAACAAAACUCUUCUGCUUCCCUUUCUACUUCUACUGCUCUUCCUACUACUUCACCCCUCUGUAGCCGAAGACAUUGCCAUUUACUGGGGUCAAAACGUGAAGGAGGGAAACCUUAGUGAAACAUGUGCAACAGAAAAAUACUCCUUUGUCAACAUCGCAUUCCUUUCCACCUUUGGGAAUGGCCAAACCCCUCAACUCAACUUGGCAGGUCAUUGUGACCCUUCUACUAAUGAGUGCGCUGCGAUUGGUAGAGACAUUAGGUAUUGUCAAAACCAAGGAAUAAAGGUGCUCCUCUCUAUUGGAGGAAGCAGUUAUUCUCUAUUAGCUUCCUCCGAGGAUGCUAAAAAUGUAUCGGAUUACUUGUGGGACAAUUUCCUAGGUGGCUCCUCAUCAUCACGCCCACUUGGAGAUGCAGUGUUAGAUGGCAUUGACUUCGACACAGAGCAAGGCAAUGCAUCAUUCGUGGAAGACCUUGCACGUUAUCUUUACCUUCUUUCACAAACAAAAAAACAACCUGUGUACUUGUCUGCAGCACCUCAGUGUCCAUUUCCUGAUUCCAUGCUGGGUUCUGCCCUUGGUACUGGCCUUUUUGACUAUGUCUGGGUACAAUUCUUCAACAAUCCUAUAUGCGACUAUACCGAAAAAAAUUUCAACAACUUUUUGAGUGCAUGGAAGCAGUGGACAACAUCGUUGAAAAAAGGAAAAUUAUUUCUGGGGUUACCAGCAGAUGAAGCUGCAGCUCCAGGUGGUGGUUAUGUUCCAGCUAAUGCAUUAGUGUCUCAGGUCUUACCUGCAAUAAAGUCUUCACCAAAUUAUGGAGGUGUGAUGUUGUGGUCAAGGUACUAUGAUAAAAUGUCUGAAUACAGUACCCACAUUCAAAAUUUAACAAUAAAUCCGACAGUGAAGCCUCUAUGCACAAAUCAAAGUCUUCCCACGUGCAGGAGCCAUGAUAGCGGUUUUGUGGAACGUUUUGGUAACAUGUCCACGGUUGGUACCAAAGUUUAUGUCGGCGUGGACAAUGAUCUGCAAUAUGGGGCAAAGGAACCAAAUUCCUUAAAGCUUCUGGGGAAUUAG